GUUCUCUGCGGGGCAUAUCAGGAGAGGCGGUCCCGUAAAUACGACCUUGCCUCCCUCCCACCCUCUUAUCUUCUCAGGGGUGCGGGUGCUGCGACAGGACCCCGUAGAAUGCCUCUUCUCCUUCAUCUGCACCUCCAACAACCACUUGUCGCGUAUCACGAACAUGAUCCAGCAUCUGUGCCAGGUCUUUGGGCGCCGCCUCUGUCAGCUGGACACCAAGACGUACCACGCAUUCCCUUCGCUGCAGGCAAUGGCAGGUAAGGAUGCUCUUCACGGGUGAUCCAAGAGGAAUCUGGACUCAAACUGCAUGGCGGCUGCUGUCCCUUAACAACUGAGCAUGGAAUAUGGUGAAAUGCUAUAAAAUCUUUGCCUCAAGUAGCUUUUACCCGCUGCCUUUGUUGGUGCUGCUUCUUGAGUAUCUGGAACAAUGAAAGGCGGCAAAUUUAUUGACGGCUGCAGAAACUGAGAUCGCUAAUGUGUGGAAUUAGGACGCCGGUGGCACUGUGGGUUAAACCCUGCUCCUGCCAACCUAGCAGUUCGAAAGCACGUCAGAGUGCAAGUAGAUGAAUAGGUACCGCUCCAGUGGGAAGGUUAACAGCAUUUCUGCGUGCUGCUCUGGUUCGCCAGAAGCGGCUUAGUCAUGAGGGCCACAUGACCCGGAAGCUGUACGCCGGCUCCCUCGGCCAGUAAAGUGAGAUGACCGCCGCAACCCCAGAGUCAGGCACGACUGGACCUAAUGGUCAGGGGUCCCUUUACCUUUACCUUAAUGUGUGGAAUUAUCCAAAGGGGGCCUUCUGUGGAGGAUUGGCUGGCAUUCUUUUGAGAGACUAAAAAGGGAGUGGGUGGUGCUAUGGUCUAAAUCACUGAGCCCCUUGGGCUUGCCGAUCGGAAGGUCAGCAGUUCGAAUCCCUGCGACGGGGUGAGCUCCCGUUGCUCGGUCCCUGCUCCUGCCAACCUAGCAGUUCGAAAGCACGCCAAUGCAGGUAGAUAAAUAGGUACUGCUGCGGCAGGAAGGUAAAUGGCAUUUCCAUGCGCUCUGGUUCUGUCAUAGCGUCCCAUUGCGCCAGAAGCGGUUUAGUCCUGCUGGCCACAUGACCCGGAAAACUGUCUGCGGACAAACAUCUGCUCCCUUGGCCUAAAAAGCGAGACAAGCACCACACCCCUAGUCGCCUUUGACUGGACGUAACCGUCCAGGGGUCCUUUGCCUUUUUGCCUUAAUGUUGAUUUAAGCAGGAUAAAUCUCCUGAGGGUUAGGAAAGGAUAGCCUGUAACAAAUUCCAGCUGGAUACACGGAAUUAAUUUUGUUUGUUUAUUUGUGUUUUAUUGAGAGUAUUACAGUGAGUUAAAGUAAAUAAGAAAGAAAAGAGAAGAGAAAAAGAAAAAAAUACAUUGAAAGCAUUUAAAAAAACAGGGGAAAAACAAUAACAAAAUAACAAAAAUAUAUAAUUAAGGUUGCAGACCUAUGUAGUAUAUAUGUAAAUAGAUAAACUUAUUGUUUCCCUCAAGCAUACGUUGGUUCAUCAGUCAUUAUGGUGUCUAUAAAUAGGUUCCAAAGAUACAAGGGAUUAAUAUACAGUGGUACCUCGGGUUACAUACACUUCAGGUUACAUACGCUUCAGGUUACGGACUCCGCUAACCAGAAAUAGUACCUCGGGUUAAGAACUUUGCUUCAGAAUGUGAACAGAAAUCGUGUUCCGGCAGCGGCAGCAGGAGGCCCCAUUAGCUAAAGUGGUGCUUCAGGUUAAGAACAGUUUCAGGUUAAGAACGGACCUCCGGAACCAAUUAAAUACUUAACCCGAGGUACCACUGUUUUUGUUUUUGGGAUGUGGAGCAUGCGUGUUACAGUGGCAUUGCUUCGUAGCUGACCUGUAAGCUGUGUGCUCAUCUUUUAGAGGACCGGUUAAUGGACCAAUGUUGUGUUAGCCAUUUCUUUUAGGAAAUAAUAAUGGCUGCCGGACAUGCGUCUUUCUCUAGACGACCGUAGCGUUUCUUCAAAAGGCUGCCAUCCUUCUUUGGGUGUCCUGUUGCAGGAGCAGACACAGAAGCCCGGCUGCGGGACCUUGGCUUCGGAUAUCGGGCGAGGUUUGUUAGCGAGAGUGCCCGCGCUGUUCUGAAGACUCUUGGUGGAGCUGCCGGCUUGCAGCAGUUGAGAGCCGUUCCUUAUGAACAGGCUCGACACGCCUUGUGUACACUGCCUGGAGUGGGAGCCAAGGUGAGUACAAAUUAGGCGCCUUAUCCCUCUGUUGUUAUUGCCCACCUAGCGCCUCCGUUAACAUCUUUUGGGUGCCAGGUAAAGACUUGGGGUUUCCCCUGCAAUAUGAUGUUGUUUAGUUACUAAGCGUGCUACCAAAGGUUCCUGUGGCUUGUUUCAUUCUGCUUUUAUGGUGUAUUGUGUUUUUACGUUUUCAAUGCGUUGUCGGUCAAUUGGAGACCUUCAUGUAACAAGCAAACUAACAAGUUUGAAGAUGGUGUUGAUAAUUUUAACAAUAGUUGUAUUUUAUUUUAUUGUUCUUUCCGAAUGUUGUUCCUGAUUUGUGUUAUAGUAAGGUAGGAGAGCUGGGGGCGGAACCACACAUCUGGCAACCAAUGGGCCCCUUUGGUUUCACAUAAUACAUGGGUAGAUGAGCCUAAAAAGCCCAGGAUGCAAAUUUUUCACAGCCCUCUAGCAGCUAUGGUGGCUCAUUUACCAGAAGUAAUGUAUUUAGCGUUAAUUCUGGAAGUGUAUAAAUAAUAAUAAUAAUAAUAAUAAUAAUAUAUUAUUUAUACCCCGCCCAUCUGGCUGGGCUUCCCCAGGCACUCUGGGCAGCUUCCAACAAAAUAUUAAAAUACAGUAAUGCACCAAGCAUUAAAAGCUUCCCUAAACAGGGCUGCCUUCAGAUGUCUUCUAAAAGUCUGGUAGUUGUUCUUCUCUUUGACAUCUGGUGGGAGGGCGUUCCACAGGGUGGGUGCCACUACUGAGAAGGCCCUCUGCCUGGUUCCCUGUAACCUCACUUCUCGCAGUGAGGGAGCCGCCAGAAGGCCCUCGGAGCUGGACCUCAGUGUCCAGGCUGAAUAAUGGGGGUGGAGACGCUCCUUCAGAUAUACUGGAUUCUGACCAAACUAAGCCUCCCAGAGUUGAAUAUUAAUGUAUUUGAAAUUUGCUUCUCAUUCUUGUACUGAUGUAUUAAAAUGAUAGGCCUUUAGGAUGCCUCAUUUUGCUGAUUAAAGGGGAAGAGAAUUAAGGUUUUAUGGCCAUAUUUGGGGGAGUCGUACUGAGGUAUAUUUUGGCAUUGGUUGCCAGCUGUGAAAUAUAUUGGUAUUAUUUUCAAGCUCUCCUACCCCACUUAUUACUGCCGGUUCUUGCUGUGUGCUAAUGUUGUUACAUGGUUUUCAAUUUAUUAUGAAUGGCACAUUGUGAAUUUGUACGCUGGGGAACACCUUGGGCCGGUUUGAUCCUAAAAGGCAGCUUACAACAUUUUGAAGAGAGUGAACGAAUUAAUACAUAAAUAUGGCACAAGGGCUGUAGUGUGGUAGGGCAGGGGACUGCUUGAACUUUGACACACGGCUGCCUGUUUGUAGCUGUGUGUCCUCCAGCAACGCAAACAAGGGCCGCUAUCGUGGUGUAAUUUUCUUCGCUUCCCUUUGCAGGUGGCCGACUGCGUGUGUCUCAUGUCUCUGGACAAGGCAGAGGCCGUGCCGGUGGACACCCAUAUAUGGCAGGUUGCCAAGCGGUACUACGGCCAGGAGCUCGGCAUGGGUGCCCGCAGUGUGACUGAGCGGGUGCACCGAGAGAUCGGUGAGGGCCAGUGGGGUCAGGUGCCUGCCUCUUGUGAACCCUUCCUGGAUUCGGUUCAGCAUGCAACCUCAGACUUGCAUUCUGCAUUGGGACCCUUGCCACUGUGGGUGGUGCUGUGGUCUAAACCACUGAACCUAGGGCUUGCUGAUUGGAAGGUCGGCAGUUCGAAUCCCCGCGACAGAGUGAGCUCCCGUUGCUCUGUCCCAGCUCCUGCCAACCUACAGUUUGAAAGCACACCAGUGCAAGUAGAUAAAUAGGUACCGCUGCAGCGGGAAGGUAAACGGCGUUUCCGUGGGCUCUGGCUUCCGUCACAUUGUCUCAUUGCGCCGGAAGCGGUUUAGUCCUGCUGGCCACAUGACCCGGAAAACUGUCUGUGGACAAACGCCAGCUCCCUUGGACUGAAAGCAAGAUGACCUUUGACUGGACUUAACCGUCCAGGGGUGCUUUACCUUUAGGUCCCACUGCUUGCUGCUGUAUACUGCCGGCAUAACUUUAAAACAAGGUGACGAUGACAAAGUGGGCAGCAAUGCCAACUCCUUCAGAAAAGCACCAGAAAAUACACAAUUUGCUUGCUCGAGGCUCGCAGAGGCUCCAUCAAAUAGAGGGGUUAAUGGUUUGCUGAAAUGCCACUCAACUGUGGCUGCUCAGUUGCAACUUCUCAAACUCAGUCUUGCCUUCCUCCCAAAAAGCAGAGGGCAGCAGAGCCCUUUCAGUUAUAGAACAAGUUAGAACCAAUCAUUGCCAAUUGCUACAAGGGCUCACCAUGGUUUGUCAGGGAACUCCUCUCCUAAUAAUAAUAAUAAUAAAAUUUUAUUUAUAUCCUGCCCUCCCCAGCAGAAGCGGGGCUCAGAGCAGCUAACAACAAUAAAAGUAACACAGCAUUCUAAAAUUAAUUCAUUUUAAAAUCAAUUCAAAAUCAAAUUAAUGGCAACCAUUGGGCUAGAGUUCUGCGAGGAUUACCAGAGGAGGGGGUCAGAAUGUGCCUUGGCCAAAGGCCUGGUGGAACAGCUCUGUCUUGCAGGCCCUGCAGAAAGAUGUCAAGUCCCGCAGAGACAGAGCGUUCCACCCGAUCGGAGCCACAGCUGAAAAAGCCCUGGCUCUGGUUGAGGCCAGCCUAACCUCCCUGUGCCCCGGGACCUCCAAGAUAUUUUUGUGUGAAGACCGUAAGGUCCUCCGUGGGACAUACAAGGAGAGGCGGUAAAGAGAUUAGGGCUCUAAUCUUCAGAAUGGGGGUGGGAACAUCCGCAUAGAUAGGAAGCAUUCUGGCCAAUGUGAGCCAAGGAAGAGACAUCACCAUGUUUUGGCAGUAAAGCACCUGCUUUGAGUGCAGAAAGUCCCAUGUUUUAUCCAAUCCUGGAGAGGCAGGGCAGACAGUACGCAGCUAGAUGGACCCAAUGGGUCUUGCUUGGUAUAAGGGAGCUUCCUUUGAAGAACUGGUUGUGUUAAUCCACUCCCUUGUCAAGGCACCUUGUUGCCUUCCAACUCACUAAGGCUGCCCUCUUGACUGCUCUGCUUUCAGGGAACUUUUUCCGGAGCCUGUGGGGACCAUAUGCGGGAUGGGCGCAAGCGGUGAGUAAAUGAGUGGGAAAUCCUCUUCUUUUUCUUCUGCGGCUUUGUGCAAGGCCGUGUGUGAGAAGGGAACGCACAAGAACAGCUAGAUCGUCCAACUGCAGGAGUCGGCUUGAGGGUAAAGUAAUUCAGAAUUGUAAGAAUCUUAGCUUUCAUUGAUUUUUUUUGUUAAGAGCAUCUGAAUGAAUGGCCAGUGUCUGGGGAUUAUCUCAGAAGCAGAAACAGUUAAGUAAAUCUGAUCCAGCUUUUCUUGCCACAGCGACUUGUAGGGGAAUAUUUACUUCAUCUAGGCCAGGGGUCUGCAAACUUACCGCGCCUCGGGCCGGUGUCUCCAGUGCCGAUCACACGGCGAGGGAGGGCGUGCCCAUAUGCAUGUGCAUAUGCUAUUUCCGGCGCAUUUCCAGGUUGGAGGAGCACCAAAAAUAACUUGUGUGCAUGUGAACGGGCCUCCUCCGACCCGGAUGUGUACUGGAAAUAAUGCUUGUGCAUGCGCAAAUAACACUUGCACAUGCACACAAGCUGUUUCCGGUGCUCCUCCGACCUGGAAGUAGGCAGCCGCGCAGCUGUUGUGGACGGCGGGGGUGGCCUGCGGGCCAGAUAAACGAGUCCCUCGGGCCUUAGUUUGGGGACCCCUGUUCUGGACUAUGUUAAAACAUAAGAAGAGACUGGCUGGACCAGACCCAAAGUCCACCUGGUUUAGCAUCUUCCUUCCCGUAAUGGCCAACCAGGUGCUCCCAGGAAGCUCGCAAGCAGGGCUUGGAGGCGAUAGCUUUCCCCACUCCUCCCCAGCACUGGUGGAGGAAGAGGGGUGCAGGAGGAGCACACCGCCCCUGGCGGCGCGAUCCCAGUGGGGUGCCGUUGCGGCUGCCCCCCCUGCCCGCACUGGGUGCCAUGUCCCCGCAGGUGGCGUGCCACACCCCUGGGAUGCGCGCCAGCCCCUUCCCUUCCUGCUCUCCUCCCCCCCCCCCCCCCCCGUGCCAGAGCAAGAAGCUCCACCACUGCUCCCCAGUCGUUGCAAUUUUUGUGGAAUAUUUCCUCUGAACAUUAGCCAACAUGGAGAACAGCCAUUGACAACUGGGACCAGCAAGUUUUUGCUGUUCCAGGUCCCUCUCCCCGCAUGUCACCUUCUUCCCGACUCUUCUCUGCCUCCUCUAUUCCUCACUUUCCCCACCUCCUCCUUUCACUUCGGAUGCAAAGUUGUCUUUUCCCUUUUAUCCAUAUCCGGAAGAGAUGCGUUGGCUGUCUCUUUUUCCUGUCCAAGGAUUCUCUGGAGCCUGCAGUGGUCAUCCCUCGGUUUUGUGGCAGUAUGUUCUCCAAAUUAAUUAACAUGUUGUGUGAAGAAGUUUCUUCCUUCAGUCUGUAUAUACAGACAAAAUAAUACACAGCCCAGUAGAUGCUAAUCUAAGGUAUUCUUACCUGCCCUGUUUUAAACUGGUCUGAAUGGUGUAUUUGCGAACACCGCCUUUUUGCCUCUAGGCCUGUUUUUGUUUUGUCUUGGCCUCGGUGUAAAAUUGCCAAUUUGUGUAUAAUUGACAUUUGCUUCUUCUGACACAGCUGGCAAAACUCUUACCUGCCUCACACAGAAACCUGCUUCCUCCUUUCUUGGGGGGGCCUAUUUCCAAACCACCUUUCGUAAACAUUUGUCCCCCGCCCCCCCGCAAUUCUGACUCUCUGCCCUCCUUCUCCAGGUUCUUUUUUGCGCUGAUCUACGAAAGUACCAGGAGUCUUCCGAUCCGGAUGCCAAGCACCGCUGUGUCAAAGUUGCCAGGAGCACCCUUCCCACCUUGACGUCGUAACCUCUCCCACAGCCUCCUGUUUUGUGUGCCUGGCUUGGGCAAGUAAGAAAAACCAUUUCCUCUACAGGGCUGGAGAUGCACAGGAACAUCCACACUGAGAACAGGGGCUACCAGAGAGAGAGAGGCAGGCUGGUGCGCUGUGGAGCUCUCUUAGUUAAACUGCUGUUGUCUUUUUCCACCAGGGGUCUCCUGUGGUGGUUGUAAGCUUGAUGUGUAACCGCAAUGUAUUAUAGAAUAGAAUCCUCUUUUUUUGUUUUGUUUUGUUCCUGUGGCUUUGGUCAUUUGCUUUGGCUUUGGGGUACAGUAUUAAGUGUGGCGUAGGCCAGUUUCUCAGUUCAGGCCAAUUCAGAGUCCCUCCUUAUCAGAACCAAGGUCUUGGUUCUAUAGACCUAGACCUAGGAGUUACCUCACUUCAAAAAGUAUUUCUACACCUGUGUGACAGGUAGACUUGAAGCCCAGCUGCUGAGGGCUGGAGUCUCAUCGAUAUCUGUGAUCUUGUUGACAUUGGGUGGGGAGCUAGCUGGUUGCUGUUUCCCCAGAUCCCACCAUGCUUAGCAAUUUCGGUGGGCCCUAUUAAACUUUAAUCUAGAUGUGGUUUAAAAGUUAGGCUAGAGUGUCCUUUGAAAUGAGAAGAUUUUAAGUCGUGUGCGCGCGAAAGGGAGCAGAGGUCACGCUUUCAACUCCACGGCGCUCUCAUUUUGUACGUAACUUGUAAAUGUACAUGUUUGUAUAUACAUACAUACAACGGUGUCUUUGUGCAUGUGCCCUGCGACGGCAAAACCCUCGCCGCUGGUUGGGUUAAGGAAUUCCCACUGCUUGCCAGACAUCAGUUUGUGCAGCAAAAUACACUUUCACUCUGCUGGGCCUGAGGAACAAGUUUGUAAUGAACUCAAGUCCCCUUGCUUUCAGAGGGACCAAGGCUGAAAUUGCAGGCAUGCUUACCCAGGAGUAAGCCCCAUUGAACCCAGUGGGAUUUACUUCUGAGUAGAGGCAUACAAUUGUGUGGCUCAUUGGGACCAGUUUUAGUUGAGCUGGGGUUAUUGUGUUUUGCUGGUGAUUAGCUUUCUAGGGAGAGGACUAGCCACCCGCUGUCAAGGUGGGGAUAGCAGAGAACACCAGGUUGUUUGCUGGUAUUCCAGACACUAAAAAUGGCUGCCAUUUGGGCCGAAGCCCAGCCCAAGAAGCUCCCCUCUUGCCUCCCUUCUGGUUUCAUAUUAUAUUCCCCGUUCCAGCCGCUGAAGAAGUACCUUCUGGCCUUGAAAAGCAGGCCGUCUUCCCACUCCCAACAUAUAUGCAUCCAUAAACAUCUACCAACACAUUCACCCCUCUGGCUUUUGCAUCAACAUAAGUCUCCAUCUGAAGGAACGUUUGUCUUGUUUAUUUAACAGGCCCCAGUUGAGUUUUCUUCCUUUAUUCUAGUCUGGGCUUUUAAUUCACCUCAUUUUUUUUCUGCUCAGUGAACCUAAAACCUCUUGUUCUAUUAAAUAUUAUCAUCCCUUUUCUCUUCCUUCUUCCACUAAUAUGGAAUGUUGUUCCUGAAUACAUUCAAUGCAGCUCAAUAUGUUCUCUAUUUUAUCAUCUUUGUUUUUCUUUCUGAAGUGUCCUUUUCCCUCAAUUUUUUUCGUUUGUUUGUUUGUUUUGGUAAAACAUCCUCCAUUUUUAUAGUGGAGUUUAAAAUUAUAUUUUGUAACCUGUACCGUGAGAAUGCUCUAUGGUCAGAGCUAAGCCCUUUAAAAUCCCGCUGAUUCCACUGGGAGAGACUUAAGCGUGCUUGUUUCUUCCCCAUCAAAAUCCAUAGGAUUUGAAAAGCUGGCUCACGGGCCUGUUUUUGUUUUUAAUCAUCCUGCGAUUUGACCUACCGUUCCCUAUACCAACCCCUGCCUUUUUCGUCUUGACUAUUUCUAGAUUGUAAGCUGCUUUGGGCAGAGACCUAUUUAUUUCUACCCUUUUAUAAAGUGCUUAGCUGACUUCGAGGUGCUGUAACGAUAACAAUAAACAAGUUGUGUCCUCCUAAAACUCUCCUAGCCUUCUUUCACUUUCAGAAACAGAUCUAGACACUGCCGGGUGGGUGCAGUGCCCUCCCUCGGUUGGUUGCUGCGCGAGGGGGCACCAGCGGCAGCUCCCUUCUUUUCCCCCACCCCUUUGCCCGCAGAUAGGGUAGAUGAAGACAUGCGCGCUUUCUUCCUUUUUAAUACAAGAACAAGCAACAAAAUAGAAACUUCGAGUUAGAAAGUCCUCUUGAACCAAGAGAGUGCAGAGACAGAGAGAACAUGGGCGCAAAAUGUGGAGCUGUGAGCGUCAAGAGCAGGCAGAAGAGCAAGAGGGAAAGGGGACCAAGGUCUUCAACCUGGCGCUUCCCCAAACGUUGUUGGAGAACAUUGACUACAGAACUCCCAUGACCCCCUAGACAUUGGCUGUGUUGGAUGGGAGUUGUCGUCCAAAACAUCUGGAAGGCACCAGGUUGGGGAAGUCUGGACUCUAUACACAGUGGGAAGAAUCCUGGUUCUGCCAGUUGGGUGGUGCAAAGGCCAGCUUGGAUGCAGACAGACCCAGCGCUUCAAGGGCUGCCUUAGCGGGAGCAUCGUCUACGGUGUGAACUUCCCUUUUUGGCAACUGGCGUUGCAAACGGCCCAACAAGCCGACUCCUGCAUCGGCGAGUUGCUUCCCGUGCCGAAACGAUGUUUCAACAACUGCUCAAUCUUGCCUUCCCCCUUCUACUCCAGACAGACUGCCCCAACGUUCAGCAUUGUUUUACA